AGAACUACCUUAUGACACAGCGGAGCAAGUUCCUUGUAAACAAUCUAGUUUUAUAUUAAACAUAGAGGGGGACAGAUGACUUGGGAAGUAUUUGUGCAGCUCUUUUAAAUCUGAAGAUUAGGGUGAGUGGCUUCUGGGCUAGUGUCAUCUUUCCUUUCUCCCCUCACACUUUGAGAGCUGGAUUUGAAGACCAGGCAUUACAUUGUGGCACCACUGAAGGGGUACAUCAUGGGUUCAGAUGAGGCCUACAACUUUGUCUUUAAGGUGGUUCUGAUAGGUGAGUCCGGCGUUGGCAAGAGCAACCUGCUCUCCCGCUUCACCAAGAACGAGUUCAACCACGACAGCCGCACCACCAUCGGGGUGGAGUUCAGCACACGCACAAUUCAACUGAAAAGUCUCAUCAUCAAGGCUCAAAUCUGGGACACGGCUGGGCUGGAGCGGUACAGGGCCAUCACCUCCGCUUAUUAUAGAGGAGCUGUCGGAGCGCUACUGGUCUAUGACAUCACCAAGCAUCUGACCUAUGAGAGUGUGGAGCGCUGGCUUAAGGAGCUCUAUGAUCAUGCAGACCCUCACAUCGUAGUCAUGCUGGUGGGCAACAAAACAGAUCUGGGGUCAGAGCGAUCAGUGCCCAAUGAGGAGGCCAAGGACUUUGCAGAAAAGAAUGGCCUAUUGUUCUUAGAGACAUCAGCCUUGGAGUCCACAAACGUUGAGACGGCAUUCCAAAAUGUCCUUGGAGAGAUCCACAGGAAGGUGAGCAGUAAAAAGGUGCUCCGGGGGUCCAUUAGUGCCGUGUCUCUGGCCAGCCCUGUCCCCAGAGCUGCAGGCGACCCUGAAGAGAAGAAGCCCUGCUGUAGGAACCUCUGAUGGGGCAAACCACCCAGUGGGGGGGGGUGACUGUGGAGCAGUAUGGGGCUACCUGCCCCACCCACCCCUAUUACGACCUCAUGUGGUAUAGAGCACUCCAUCUUCCUCUAGUUAUUCUGCCAAAAGGGUGCACAUCUGAUUGAAAAGAAUGAUGCUGAGCAAGACCACUUUGAUGUGACACAGUUACAUGGCGGCAGACAGAAUGAGUUUUCCAUUCCUAAAGAUUAUGUAAUGUGUAUGUAUGUACAUGGCUGGAGGUCCAUGGUACAUUUCCCCAAAGAAUCCAGAAAUCAUUUGAAUAUAAAAAAUGUCUCAAACAAAGAUUUUGUGUAAACUUUUAAGAUUCGACUUUGCUUGGAAGGAUACAUUUUUUUUGGAAAAAAAGGUAGUCAACUGAUGUACAGAAUAUUUGUAUUUUUUGUGACUGGACAACAGGUGCCAAAACCAUGUUUAUAAUUUUACACAAAGCUUGAUUAAUUAAAUUUGCUGUCACUGUU